AUGAAUAGGCUCUCUAUAAAUUCUAACUCAUGUGUCUGUAGAAAACAGAUUGAUUUGGCAGCAUCCGGACGACACGCUCUGCGUCGGUGCGAGGGGCUGCGGCCGGCCACAGCACGGCUAGCACAAGUCUGCGGCUUCGUCGCGGGCCCAGCAACGACAUGGAACCGGGAUCAGGGAAAGACCCAACAGUGUCGGACUUGUGCCCGUUGCUGUUUCAAGUAUGGGCUUCGGGGGGCGAAUUUCUCGCUUGCUGCUCGAGCCCGGUCCCAUUCUCGACUCGUCUGCUGCGAGGGCCAAAGCGUCCAGCACGGGCGCACUGAGCGCUCCCCCGUCGGGUGCAGCAGCGAGCUUCGUCGAAACAACAAGGGCGGCGGAUCAGGCCCCGAGACCGAGAUCACCGUAGAACCCGAGGUAAGCACGGCAACGAUCGCACGCGAGGUUGAGCGAUCGUUUGAUACGGUUCUCCAGGAGCUGGCGGCGAUUCAGUCGGACUCGCCGCGAAACGUGGCGAUUCUAGGAACCCGCCAUUGCUCAUACUUGCACCAGCAAAUCAUUGAACUCCUGACGUUUGCCAACGUGCUCCUGGGAAACCAUGUCAUCACCUCGGGGGGUAUCGGUAGCAAUAUGGCCGUGAUCCGUGGGGCGCUGCGGGCCGACAAGCCCGAACUCUUGACUGUCGUGCUGCCGCAGAGUGUCGAGAAGCAGCCUACUGAAGUGCGCGAAUUGUUGGAACGUGUGACACAGGUUGUGGAAAUGAAGCAGAAUGAUAGCUUACCGUUAGAUGUCGCGAGUAGACUAUGCAACUCAGAUAUCAUCAGCAGAGCGGAUCGUUUCAUAAGUUUCGCGUUCCACGAUAGUGAAGUGGUGCUGGAAGCCGCCAGGGAGGCUAAGGCACUGAACAAAGUAGUCACUUUACUGUAUUUGGACUAG